GAGGCGGAGCUUGGGGAGAGGCCUUCUCGCAGCGCUCCCUGGCAACGCGAAGCGUCACAGCGACUCGUUCUCACCGCCACACAACGUUUACUUCUAUAACUCAAUAGUAAUAAUAAGCAAAUACAUUUUAACAUGAGCUUCAAAACCCCCGACGCAAGGACAAGGGAGUCGCAGGCGAAGGCGGUGCAGCUGUCGGUGACCACCGUGGAGAAACACUUUGGAGAGUUGUGCCAAUUGAGCGCCGGCUAUGCGCGCAAAACGGCGCGACUGCGCGACAAGUCGGACCUGCUGGUGCGCGAGCUCAUGGCCUACUCGGAGACGGAGCGCCCGUCUCUCAAGAUGGGCCUUCGGGCCUUCGCCGAGGAGCUCUCCAAAGUGCAGGACUAUCGGCAGGCUCAGGUUGAGAGGCUCGAAGCCAAGGUGGUGGAACCUUUAAAGUCAUAUGGAGCCACCAUCAAGAUAAAAAGGGAGGACCUCAAGGCCGUGCUGACGUCGCAAACCCGGGAGGCGAAGCAGAUGCAGCAGCUAGAGAAGAUGCGGCAGAGAAACCCGUCGGACCGACACAAUAUCUCUCAGAGCGGCGCGGGAAAGGCAGAGACGGAGCUGCAGCGCGCCACGGUGGACGCAGCGCGCUCGUCACGGCAGCUGGAGGAGACCAUCAACGAGUUUGAGCGGCAGAAAAUCAAGGACAUCAAGAAGAUCCUGUGCGACUUUGUGACGGUGGAGAUGGUGUUUCACGCCAAGGCGCUGGAGGUGUACUCGCAAGCUUACCAUCACAUGCACGCCGUGAAUGAGGAGAGUGACCUCGAGGCAUUCCUCAAUACCCUGCGGCCCUCCGACUACCAGGCACGCCUUGACACGGUUCUGCAGAACUCUCAGUCCACCCUCAACGGCACCGGUUCGCCCCAGCCAAUGGCAAGGUCUCAGACGGGUGCUGCUGGCACACAGCGCAACAACGCGAGGCGGUUGGAAGAUGACGACGAUGAUGAUGACGACGACGACGACGAAGAUGAUGAUGAUGACGACGAUGAUGAUGAUGAAGAUGAAGACCAACUUCAGGACGUGACAUCGGAAGACUUGGAUAACCGGCAGAGUGGCAGUCGGCGCUAGAUGAUGAAUUUCACACACAGUCAAUGCCUAUGAAAUUGUAACAUUUCAUGUUUAUAAAGAGCCCAGUGUAGAGACUUGAGUCACCAAACCUCAUAUAAUUUCAUUUAAACAUUAAAAUUUAAACUUGUCCCUUUACUUAAAUGAACAUUAGGCAGUAUUCUGGGCCGGUGAUGGAAAUGCAGCAUUUCUCUGGUGGGAACCAGUCUGUCCAUAGUAGUUCUUAUUUUAUCCUGCCUGGAGUAAUGAUAGGCUGAGUGGAUCCUUGAUCACAAUUUAAACUCAAGACAUUUUAAAAGCUAAUCGGAUGCUCUGCCACUACUCCACAUGGCUAGCCGUCUUUGUAUUAUUUUUGUAUUUUUAUCCCCCAAAGUGUUAUCCUGAUUGUGCUAUCGGGGUCAUGUCAUGAGAAAAAUUUCAUAAGGAGCUCUAGCAAGCCGAUUGAAGUGGACAUCACAAAGAUGCCUCUUGAGAUCCCUUCAUUUGCCCUCUGGUCCACACAAAAUAACUCGGCAGGCUAUAUCUGUCCCUUCAUAUUAAAAAACCCCUCCGUAGAGUUGCACGUUAAACAAAACGGAGUAUAUUCUAGACCACACAGUGCUCGCUACACUUUUCCACCAGUAGGAGACACCCUUUGCCUGCAACAGAGUCUUGUUCAGCAACAGUUCUCCGAGCUAUAAGUAAUCAAAAUUAAUUGCGUGAAUGUAAUGGGGUUUCUUCUUUUUGUGUGCAGUCCAUUGGCGACCAUGCCUGAGAUCCAUAGGCUCACUCCACUUAAAAAAAAACUCGGUCUGUUAGCGGACUCGCUGGAUGACGCGGCUGCAUGGAUUUAAAUCCAUGAUCUCGGCAGCGCUGGCUCGGCCGCUCUUGAUCUCCUGAGCCACUCCGGGCACCUUCCUGGUCCAGGCGUCUUUUUUUUGUUUUUAAAGAGGCGUUUGAACAUACAAACCCAUAUGAUGUCCGUCCCGUUUUAAGUGUCAAUAAAAAAAAAAGAUGCAGUGCAGUGCGAUUGGACGUCGAAAAACUGACACUUUUUAUUUUUAAAAAAUUUGAUGGCGAUUUUAAGUGGCAGAUUUUGGUGAGGAGCCUACGUAUGUGAAGAAUAAAAAAAAUCAGCAAAAUAGAUUCAUGUACCGGCUGCCAGCGUAUUGGCAGCCAAUCCAAGUACGGUAAAAUUCCGCUUGAUUGUCCCCAUUGUCUACACUGGCCUCUUUGAGUAGAUGAUGUCUUCGUCUUUUACGCCAUUCAAUUGCCUUUGUGAGAUGCCUCACAUCGGUGCCAAAAUCUUCACACAUUCCAUGCGUUUCGGUUCACGGGCGCGAUUUAAGGUUCAACGAUUGCAGCCUUUAGCGUAACCACUUCUGCACCAUUGGUACCUCAUUUGCCAGUAAAAAAUAUGAUAAUUGUUUUUUUACCCUUUUAUCUGGCAACUAAACUGACACCUUUUUUACGAGGAGUCAUGUUUGCAUAGACCACAAUACCUGCAGUCAUAAUGCAAACAAAAAACAUAACUCUGAUAAUGUAUGCACUGUCCUUGAAGUUGAUUGGUCC